GGCACCAUCACGUCUCCAUCCGGCCACCACUGGCCCUUGCACAGUGUUUUCCGUACGUGCAACUUGCCUGCUGCCUGCCGGCCCGGCCCCGUCGCGUACUACAUACACACACCUUUUAAUCGGGAGCUAGCCCGUUAACCUGAACCGAUCGAGUAUUCCAUUCCCAAGCCGGCCGGACAUGCACUACUACUAGCAAACCACACCGACCCGAGCUUAGCGGGCAAGCAAUCAGAUAACCCAAUGGGGGAGGCGAGCUUGACGAGCAGUCGGAGUAUGAGCCAGAGGUCAGUGGAGUACCACCCACUGAUGGAGGAGGAAGAGGGGUUGUCGCCGGCAGCGGCAGCGGCAGCCGACGACGACUCAUCACGGGUCUGCAGCCGCAGCAACAGCAGCAGCUGGGUAGUAGAGAUGGAGAAGAAGAUCGGCGACAUGAACAGCGAGCCAGCCGUGGAGAUGGCGCGCUGGAAGCGGCACUCCAUCUACCGCGUCCCGGAGCGGAUCAAGAACCUCCACAACAGCAAAGCCUACCAACCCGAGCUCGUCUCCCUGGGCCCGUUCCACCACGGCGACCCGGAGCUUCUCCCCAUGGAAGAACACAAGCGCCGGGCCGUGGUGCACCUCGUCAAACGCUCGGGUAAACCUCUGCGGGACUUCAUCUGCGCCGUGGCCGAGGUGGCUCCCCAGCUGCAGGAGGCGUACAAGGACCUUGCGGGAGAGUGGCGCGGCGCCGGGGAGAAGAGGGAGCGGUUCGUGGAGCUGAUGGUCACCGACGGGUGCUUCCUGGUGGAGGCCAUGCGGAUGGACGCGCUGAGGGGCAAAGUGGAAGGGGAUUACGCGCCCAAUGAUCCUGUGUUUAGCAAGUACGGCUACCUCUACCUCUGGAACUACAUCCAGUCCGACAUGGUCGUCGUGGAGAACCAGCUGCCGCUCCUCCUCCUCCAGCGGCUGCUCGUCGUUCUGGAUCACGACAGAUAUCAGAACGCUUCAGGAGUGACUAGGCUGGUCCUUGAUUCUCUCUGCCCAUGGCGGCGGCACCUGGUCGCCAUCAACCACCUGGGGCUCCACCCGCUGGACAUCCUGCACACGAGCCUCACCCACGGCGACCACCACGACCGCACGGGGUCGACGGCGUACGUAAUGCCCUCGGCGAUGGAGAUCUACGAGGCCGGGAUCCACUUCAAGGUGAGCGACACCGACAGCCUCCUGGGCGUCAGCUUCGAGCGCGGCGUGCUGAGCAUGCCGGCGAUCCGUGUCGACGACAGGACGGAGAAGAAGUUCCUCAACCUGAUGGCGUUCGAGCGGCUCCACCCGGGCGCCGGCAACGACGUGACGGCGUACGUGAUCUUCAUGGACAACAUCAUCAGCUCCGCCAAGGACGUGGCACUGCUCAGGUCCAAGAACAUCAUCGAGUGUGGCCUGGGCAGCGACGAGGAGGUGGCCAAGCUGCUGAAUAACACGUUGAAUAAAGGAGGGGUGAUGAGCCCGUCUAGUAGGCUCCAUGACGUGCAGCGGCAGGUCAAGGCUCACUGCGGGAUGAGGUGGAAUCGGUGGCGGGCGAAUUUUUUCCAGAGGUACCUAAGGAACCCCUGGGUGUUCAUCUCCCUCGUCGCCGCCAUUGUCCUGCUCGUCGCCACCCUCUUGCAGACCGUUUACACAGUCUUGCCUUUUUACAAGCCGGCGUAGACUACCACUUGGAUUCAACAUACCUUGUAAUCUUUCUUUCGUUUUUUGAAUUACAGUUUUUUUUACUCUCUAGUUUCAAUUUUUUGACAGAAUCUACCCCAUUUAACAGAGCUUCUAUAAAGCUAUCCCAUUUAAACAAAAACUUUUGACACAA